GAACCCGUCCAAAUGAGACACAACCGGAAGUGAGUUACUUGAAGGGCAGCGAAGCCAGGAUGGCAGCUUCUUUUAUGUUACCGCUGUCAGGCGUGUUACGGACUCUUCGCUUGUGCGGAUUUCGUUUAUGUUCUUCGGCAGCUGCACCCUCUGGUUAUCGUAGUAUUUAUAGUCUGGAUAAGCUAUAUCCAAACAGUGGGAGCCAAGCGUUAUCCGAAGGCGAGGAGCAGACUGAUAUCCCCGUGAAUCGCCUGAGUAUCUCCUACAGCAAGAGCAGUGGCCCUGGGGGACAACAUGUGAAUAAAGUGAACACGAAGGCUGAAGUCCGGUUCCACUUGUCCUCAGCAGACUGGAUCCCAGAGGCUGUCCGACAGAAUAUCUCUGUACAGUAUAAAAACCGCAUUAACAGAAACGGUGAGCUAAUUGUAGUCUCAGAAGUGAGCCGGUACCAAAUGCGUAAUCUGGCUGACUGUCUGCAGAAAAUUCGCAACAUGAUCUCCGAGGCUACACAGAAGCCACAGACAGAAAGCAAAGAGGAUGAAGCGUUACGUAGAAUUAGGGUGGAAAAUAUGAACCGUGAGCGUUUACUACAGAAGAAAAUCCAUUCAUCUGUAAAACAGAGCCGGAAGGUGAGCAUUGACUGAGAGGACACCUAGGUACUUACUGCCAACCUGCGCUGAUGGGAAAGGGAGAGUCAGAGAAACGGCACACUUGCUACAGACACGUCAAUCUCUCAGCACACAGAAUCUCAUCAACUGAAGGAGGAUAACCCGCUCUCUGUGUCCCCACAACUUGCUUAUUUAAUAAAAGCUGAUUAUUUUGUACAUAAACAAAGGAAA